AUGCUGAGCCUUCAUGGAUACCAGCCUGUCUUCAGUCCACUCAUGGACCUCCACUGGCCUGUGCGCAGCCUCUGGCCAGAGGUCACACCACUUUACAGCCACAGAGAGCUACUGCUGAGAAACAUGCAGGAGAUGAAAACUUGUCUGGAGCAGCUGGAGAAAAUGCAGCACAAGGUCUUUGAAGAGCUCGACCACAUGCCAGCUUCUGGGGACGUCCAACCAGUCUCCUACACUCUGGACAAGGAGGGAGACGGGUUUGCCCUGACGCUGGACGCCAGAGACUUUUCCCCAGAAGAGCUGUCUGUCAAACAGGUGGGCAGGAAACUGCAGGUCAGCGGCAAGACGGAGAAGAAGCAGGACGAUGGACACGGCUCCUAUUCCUACAGAGUGCAGGAGUUCAGGCGGGAGUUUGAUCUGCCCGAAGGGGUGAGCCCCGAAGCGGUCACUUGUUUCAUGGCUGAUGGGAAGCUCCACAUCCAGGCACCCAAGAAUCAGAUAGCCGACAAGCCGGAGAGGGUAGUCCCCAUCGACUGCGGCAAAACCGUUGGGGCUGCCGUGCACUCCUCCAUGACAGAGGACAGCGCCGCUGAAAACGCAGAAGAACCCGGAGGAAAAACAAAUCUAAAGACACUAAGGAACUAUGCGGAUAGAAUUUCAAAAAGAAUAAAAAAGACUGAAUAUUUGGUCUCUGGUUAG